GGGACUAUAGGCUUUGACACAAAUAUUAAGAAGGAAAUAGUAGGGGUAAGUUUAAAAGUGUAGUGGAUUGUGUUAAAAUGAAAAAGUAGGAAAGAGAAUAAAUUAUUAAAGGUAAUUAAGUUUGUGGAUGAGAGAAGGAAAGAGAAAUGAAUAAAAGAGGAAAGAGACAAGAGAAAGACUAAAGGAGGAAAGAGAAAUAUUGAUAUGGUACUCCAUAUCAAAAGGCAUUGCGGCAGUAAUACAUACAACAAUGCCAAGUUGCCGCCCAGUUUAUAAAAAAUUAACAUUUCCCUUCAAAAAAAACUUGCUAUAUAUGGGCAUCUCUUUUCAGUCUUCUUCUCUCAACACGUUACUUUUCUAGUUUCCCCUUUAGGGUUUCUUUUGUUAGCCUUCUUCUCCAGCUUUAUUUUACAGCCUUCUCCAGCUUUAUUUUUCAACCUUCUUUUGCACGUGUUGUUGAAGAGAUGACCACACCACCUUUUCAAGACUCUGCUUAUUUCAUUGCUCCAGAAGAAAUGAUGUUGAUUGAGCAUAAUAUCUCUGAACAAGGAGCUGGUGAAAUGGAUUCAGAAGCUGUUGACCCUACACCCAACUCAAAUGGUUUCGUACCUGCGAAGAAGUAUGUGUUACUCACAAAUCCACAAAGAAAGUCAAUAGCAGAAGAAUUGUUAGCUAAAUCAAGUGCAUGUUCAUUGACAAAGGUUUUGAGUUGUAAAAGAGGAGUACUUAAAGAGGUAGCCAAUAGUCACAAUGUUUCUUCCAAGACUAUAGGCAGAAUUUGGGCAACAACUAAACUGCAAGUUCAACAAGGUUUGCCACUUAAUACUGACCACAAGAGGACUGGAAAGUGUGGGAAGAAAAGUGUACCAAUUGAUAUAGAAGCUAUACGUGCCAUUACAAAGAGCAAAAGAACCACUUUGAGAAGCUUGACAGCUUGUCUUAACUUAAGUGUUUCAAAAGUGCAUAAUUUACUGAGUGAUGGUACCAUAAGGUCACACACCAAUGCAAUCAAACCUGCUUUAUCCGACAAAAACAAUCUGGAAAGAUUGAAGUGGUCUAUGUGUCACAUUAUUCCUAGAACAGUGGAUGAACCCCCACAGUUUUCAAACAUGUUCAAUGUCAUACAUGUGGAUGAAAAAUGGUUCUUUAUGAGCCAAAUUACAACGCUAUUAUCUUUUUCCCUCAGAGGAAGAACCUCACAGAAGCUGUCAAAGUAAAAGGUUUAUCAACAAGGUUAUGUUUUUGGCAGCCAUUGCUAGACCGUGGAUCAAUCCGGAUGGAUCAAUACAAUGGGAUGGGAAAAUAGGAAUUUUCCCUUUCACAGAAAAUGUGGCAGCAAUUAGAAACAACAAAAACAGAACUGCGGGUUGUUUGGAACUAAAGGCAACCGCAUCUAUUACGAAGGAAGUCAUGAGAAAUGCAUUUCUCACAGAAUUGAUUCCAUCAAUCAAACAAAAAUGGCCAGCUAAUGCAUGUAAAACUAUAUGGAUACAACAAGACAAUGCAAGACCUCACAUUAAUAUCAAUGAUGCAGCAUUUAAAGAUGAAGGUUCAACAGAUGGGUGGGAUAUACAAUUGGUUUGUCAUCCAUCAAAUUCCCCUGAUCUAAAUAUCUUAGAUUUGGGUUUCUUUAGGGCUGUGCAAGCAAUUCAACACCAGAAAUGUCCAACUACAGUUCAAGAAUUGGUAGUGGCAGUCAAAGAUGCAUAUGCAGAGUUUGGACCACAUAAGGUAAAUCACAAUUGGGUUCAAUUACAAUCUGUAAUGGUUGAGAUUUUGAAAUGCAAAGGAGGCAACACCUUCAAAAGCCCUCACAUGGGAAAAGCUAAUUUGGAAGGGGGGGGGGGGGGGGGGCUUCUACCAAGUGCUCUGGUAGUUGAUAAUGAAUUGAUUGCAAAAACUGUUGCUUAUUUAAAUGAUGCUAUGCAGGAUGACAGUGGCUGAACACCAGGUAACCAGGUUUUAAAGUUGCAGUAUGAAGGAUGCAUAUGUAUGUAUAGGCAUGUAAUGGGUAUUAUGUUGUGCAAGGCUAUUUAACUGAUGUAGUUCAGGAACUACAAAAUUUUGAGUUUUGACUUUUGCCCAAAUCAAUUAAUGUACAAUGCAUUGUAAACUUUGCCUUUUGUCAAAUUCAGCUAAUGAAAUGCAUAAGUUUUUUCAUCAUUUGACUUCCUUCUUGUUUUAUCAGAUAUUGCACUGAAUAUCAUCAUAAAAUGGGACACAAAGCAGAUGACAUGACCCAACAAUAGAUUAUUAGAUGUGUCAUCACAGAAAAUUCUCACACAAUGUGAUCACACACAAGAUCACAACAGCUCAGACCACAAACACGUGUCAUCAUAGAAAUGCUCACACAAUCUGAGAUGACACAUAUGUGUCAUCACAGAUGUGCUACCCAAACCUCAGACCUAAGUUGUGUCAUCACAGCCAUAUCAACACAAGGUUCAAUAACAAACAACUGUCACACAAGCUCAGGUGACUAACCAGUGCCAUCACAGCCAAAUGCUCACACAAUCUGUUCACAUACAACAUCAACAAAACUCAGGUCACAUAAUGUGUUGACAUACAACAUCAACAAAGCUCAGGUCACUUUUAGUGUCAUCACAGAAUUGCUCACACAAUCUGAGAUGACACAUAUGUGUCAUCACAGUUGUGCUAGCCAAAUCUCAUAUCAAAGUAGUGUCAUCACAGCCAUAUCAACAUAACUUCAGAUCACACACAAGUGUAAUCACAAACAAGAUCACAAAAGCUCAGAUCACAAACAGGUGCCAUCACAGCCAAAUCAACAUACAAUCUGAGAUGUCACAAAUGUGUCAUCACAGUUAUGCUAGCCAAAUCUGACAUCAAAGGUGUGCCAUCACAACCAUAUCAACACAAGAUCAGGUAAUACACAACUGUGAUCACAUACAAGAUCACAAAAGCUCAGAUCACAAACAUGUGUCAUCACAGAAAUGCUCACACGACCUGAGAUGACACAUAUGUGUCAUCACAGAUGUGUUACCCAAAUCUCAGACCUAAGUAUGGUCAUCACGGCCAUAUCACCACAAGGUCAGGUAACAAGCAAGUCUCAUCACACACAAUAACACAAUAGCUCAGAUUACAAACUUUUAGUGUCAUCACAGAAAUGCUCACACAAUCUGAGAUGUCACAUAUGUGUCAUCACAGUUGUGUUACCCAAAUCUCAGAUCAAAGUAGUGUCAUCACAACCAUAUCAACAUAACUUCAGAUCAAAGUAAUGUCAUCACAGGCAUAAGAAACAAGUGCAUCACAGACAUGCUCACACAAGCUCAGAUCAGAAAUACAUGUCAUCACAUAUAUGGUAGCAGGAAAUCAGAUCUCAAAGGUGUCAUCACAGCCAUAUGAACACAAUCUUAGAUCACAGAGGUAUGUUUAAUGACAGAAAAUACUUCUGUGAGAAUACCUCUAUGAACACAAUCUCAGAAUACCUCUAAAGAAAUCGUCAUUUAUUUCACAAAGGAGUGUCGAAAACCAUAAAAAUUCAUAGACCAACACAAACAAACAAUACAUUACAGAUUGUUAAUUCUCAUGAAAUCAGAAAACCUUACUACCACACAAUAGUAAAGAAAUACAGAGAAUUGAUGACUUAUCGGCCACUGCAUGUUUAUUCUCGUCACUUAAACACCCUCCACGUCUCCGUUAGUCUCCACCAACGCCUUCUGAGAUGCAGAUCCGACCUUCACUUGGGGAAGUAUUAGUUUCAACAUCGCCUUUGAACCUCUCCGGGCGGCUUCAAGGCGGAUUUCUUCCAAUCUCUGGGUAUGAAGGUCUGCGAAGUCAUGGUCAAGCGUAUCAGGCACAUGCAAGUAUGGAUCAGUCACUUGGUCUGGCGUAUCCGGCACAUCUGCGUAAGGAUUAACCUGCUCCGGCGUAUCAUGAACACACAUAUAGUGUUCGACAAAAUCGGGUAUCUGAUAUUCCAUCUGGAACGAAAAAUCAGAGAUUAAUGGAAGAAGGCAUGACAAGAGGUUGAAGAUGAGGAAGACGAACCGUGGUAGAAUGAGAGGUUUAGCGGUGGAGAAUUAAAUGGGUAGGGGGGGAGGUAAAUGGGUAGGGGGAGGUUAUACGAUCGAGAAGUAAAUGGGUAGAGGUGGAAAGUAAAGAGUAAUUAAUGGAGUAGGUGGAGAAUUAAAUGGGUGUAGGUUAAAGGUAAGUAAAUGAGGGUAAAAUAUGUGGGGAUAAAAAUGUAUUUGCACAACAAAAACUUAUUAAAGAUAGAAAUGAGGACAAUUAUUCAAGAAC